AUGCGGCUUCGACAACAAGAAGCGGAGACCGUGCGGGAAGUCCACCGGGAUGAUGACUCUGAUGAGGAUGGUAGAGGGACACCGGAAAACUCACCGCCGCCAUCGCCCAAUAAGUUCACUCCACGACACAACCAACUGGAGACAGAAACAUUACGGAGUUCCUUGGGCCAUGCUCACCGUAUGAUCCAGAAUCUGAAGAGCACCAUUCACCGCGAGAAAACCGAAAAGAUUGAGCUCAAGCGCAUGUUGCAAGAAGCGCGCGACGAGAUUGAACAGAAACGUCGCGAAGCUGUUGCCCCUGCUGGGCCAUCCAACAAGCGUCAGAAGACCAAGCCCGAUAACACCCGCAAGGCUGCAAGACCAAACCUUCUCGGUGCUGGAAGGAGAGGAAUGACAGAGAUCGAGGAGGUUCAUGAAACAGAUUGGGAAGACCAUGCCACUGACACAAGUCCAUCGCACAAGGCAGCUCUGAGAUCUUAUCGUAGCCGCCCCGAACUGCAGUCUCUAGACGAGCCCAGUGAUGCCUAUCAUACUGCUACUGAAGCAGACGAUGCUUUUGAGACCGCCAACGAGCGGGAGGCGGCCACAGAAAGCGAAGCCUUCCAGACGGGCGUCGAGAGCAUGGCUGAUGACAGUACGGAUACUGAUGAGCUAACUGAAACAGAGGACCGUAUUCAGUUAACACCUCGUGCUCGUGUCUCAUCCCUAACCAUGGCAAAAGCUCGUGACCGGAAAUCCUACCAGAGCACUGCCUCCACUUCAGGGGAAGAAGAUGAGGACUCUGAUGGCAUGUUCCCUUCGCCAAGUCGAACUUCGACUCCUCGGCACCGUCUCAGGAACAAGAGGAGUGUGAUGAGGAGGAUUCGACCUUCUGGAGAGGCUCCAAUGGCCUCCGGUAGUCGACCAUCUAGUUCACGCGAGUCCCCGGCAACCAGCUUCACACAGACACCAGGGGAUUCCGAAGGCCAGAGCCUGUUUGCAGAACUCGCAGAACUUGACGGUGAGGAGGAUGAGGAGUUCGGCCCACCGAUUGAACACGAUGCCGAUUGCACCCCACGUAUCCUUUCGAUGCCUGAUUCGAGAAGAUCAUCCCAGGCCACAUUGAACACCAGACCCAAGCCUGCCAUGGUUGACUCCGGUGUCAUGACUGAUCCUUGGGAACCAAGCAUCCCAGCAGUCGUGAACGACGAGAAUGCCUCGAAUGUGCUUGCAACACCUAAGAAGUCGACGUCGGAUGCCGAUAUCACUGCUGGCAUGAGGGAGCAACCAGAGUUGGUGCAUGCUGGAACACAAUGGGCCUCCCCUCAGACGUCUUCUGAAGUGAAUGGCGAUCAUCUGUCGAGUGUGCCAGCCACUUCGAAGUUGAUUUCGGAUGCAGACGCGGAGCGGGAGCUCAAUGUUCCCGCAGCUAUACUGCCACAACUCGAAGUUUCUCCUAUCUCUACUCAGGACACCGUUCCUGUAGCGCCUAAGCUCCCUGAGUUGAGUAUGUCAUACGUUGUGGGAGGCUCAACCGAGCCGAUCGCUGCACCCAUUUUCAAACCCGCAGAGAUGACUCUAUCAGCCAUCUCCUUGCAGUAUACAGAACCCGUUUCUGCCAAGCUACCUGAGCCAGAGCCGAAGUACGUACCGGAAGUGGUUGUCUCCUCAAUCUUCUCUGAGGAAACUCAGUCUGUUCCGGCAACGCUUCCUGAGCCCGUGCCUGAGCCUUCGGUCUCCGUGGCAGAGCAGGCAACGAGCACAGACAUUCCACAGCUGGCAUACUCCGCAAUAUUCUCUGAGCAUACCGAGCCUGUUCUGGCGACACUUCCCGAACCCGUUCCAAUACCUGUGCUUGAGCCUGAAGCUCCGGUUUCUGUCACUGAGCGUGCCAUGAGCACCGAGGUUCCGGACCUGGCAGUCUCGACAGUCUUCUCUGAGCAGACUUUGCCUGUAUUGGCGACUCUUCCAGAGCCGGUGCCCGAGCCUUCGGUUUCAGUCGCGGAGCGUGCUAUGAACACUGAAAUCCCUGGCCUAGCGGUUUCAACAAUCUUCUCACAGCACACAGAACCUAUUACGGCGAUGCUACCAGAACCAGUUCCAGAGCCGGAGGUGCCAGAUUUGACAGUAACCUUUAUACCACCCGAAUCUACCGAGCCUACUGCACCCAAGGAGCGCGACGUUCCCGUCCCUGCGUCUCCGCAAUUGUCAGUUUCCACGAUCCGCUCCGUCGAAACACUCCCUGUCAAGGCCGCUCCAACUGCGGCUAUCAUUCCCGCAGUCCUGCCAUCAGACGAGAACGCACCGCCCUUGCAAACGAGAGGUGUUAUGGUCGACAAGUCCACUUCAGAGCAUUUGCCAAUUGUGGUUGUCGAAGAUGCAGCGAAUGAUAGCCCUGAUUAUGACACAGCUCGCCAGAAGAAGGAUGCCCCCUCGCCUCUGAGCGCUAUCUCCGGCAAUGCUGUCCCACGCCAUGCAAGACGGCGAUCAUCAAACCAGGCAGAUCAAGGCGCUCAGACGAUAUUGUCUUCUAAGCAAAUCGACCAGAUUCUCAUGGACCGUGUUACGGCCCGGCCUUUAUCUCCCCCCGACAGUGACAAAGCUAAGGAGCAAGGCAAUUCACCCGCUGCCACGCCAAGGGCGCGAUCCCAUCCCCAGCAUCAGUCAUCCGCCGCAUCUCUCAACUGGCGUCCAGGCAGCGCAGCCAGCCAGGCUUCUACUGCCCACAGCCAUCCCCCGUUGCCUACUGAAAAUAAAGAGGCUGUUAUGGCUGCCGAGAAGAAAUCGCUUGAUCAACAACCGGCCACACCGGGUCUCAUGGCGCCCCCUCUUGCUCCAGCUUCCGCUUUCCGUGCUCCACGCCCGCGCACUCCAAAUGAUCCAGCCGCUCAGGUUGGCUCCGUCAGGUCUUCUACCUCGCGGGCCAGAGCGAGGUGCGAAAGCCAGAUGUCUCGGAGGUCUUCGGUCUCAUCGUUUGCAUCCGAGAUCGAUGAGCGGUUCAAUGCACACGCCACUCCGGCUAGUGGACCUUAUGGCUAUGGCUCCGGCACAGAUCCACGCAUGAUUCAAGCCAUCACCCAGACUAUGAUUGGAGAAUUCCUUUGGAAGUAUACACGUAAAACAGUUUCCGGAGAGAUUUCCAACACUAGGCACCGUCGCUACUUCUGGGUUCAUCCAUAUACCCGCACCUUGUAUUGGAGUGAGCAGGACCCUCAAAGCGCUGGCAAGUCGGAGCGUAAAACCAAGAGCGUUCCUAUUGAAGCCGUGAGAGUUGUCGCCGAUGACAACCCAUACCCUCCCGGUCUUCAUUGCAGGAGCUUGGAAGUUGUCAGCCCUGGUCGCCGGAUCAGAUUCACCGCGACUACUAGCCAGAGGCACGAGACCUGGUUCAAUGCACUCUCGUAUCUCUUGCUGCGGUCGGAAAAUGGCGAGGAGACCAAUGAUCUGGAAGAUAUUGAUGAAUUCAACCCGGGGUUCCGGUCAGGAUCUCAUUCGCGCCAGAGACCACGGUUGUCAAUCUCUUCAUCUCAGAGUCGCACGACCCGAAAUUGGCCGAAACAGCGAGCGGGUUCUGCCCUCUCUCUGCGCCGCACAGGGACCCCCGGUCGCGCUUCUCCGGCUCUGAGCACACCGUCUCACUAUUCCGAUCAAAGGAACAGUUCCACGUCUCGACUCAGUACCAUUCUCAAUACUACGCUCAAGGGCUCUUUCGGCCGAAAGGGCCACCCUGGCUAUGCGACAUCUAGUAUCCAUGAUGGCAGUGUCUACGGCCGUGACAGUGAGGAGGACCUGCGGCAGAUGAUGGAGAGGCAAGAACAAGAGACAGAUCGACUUGAGAACGUUCGUGCUUGCUGCGAUGGCAAGCAUGAUGUCAGCUCACUCUCAAGGACAAGUCGGUACAGCCCGCGUGUUCACCGGCAUCACUCUCAUCACUCUCAUCACUGAGCCUGUCGACCUGUAUUGUGAAGAUGCGCCCCUCUCUCCAUGGACCUUCUUUAUACAUCGCUCGCAUCUCCUUCAUUUCUGCCCUCCUCGACCCUCAUAGCAUGCGAAUCUCAUGAGCGCACGUGUUAGCAUUUUCUUCCUGACUCCCUUUGCUUUUCGGUAGUUGCCACCCUUCGAGCAUACUUUCUUGGAACCUCGUGUUACGUAUAGUCAUUAAUCUUGGGGAUGUGGUCCCUUUGGCAUCUAUCCCCUCUCAGGUGUCUGGACUGUUCUUGUCAUUCAUUCGUGAUAUUUGCAAAAAUGAAUUAUUGAUUUUGUCCUUUCCUUUGUUGAUACUCAUUGUCCAGCUGAUAUAUUUAUGCCGUUCGUUCCACUUGGGCUUGGUCCUUAUUUAUUGCUACCACCUCCAUCCUGUGUGCAUCUCGCAUCAGUCCAUUAUCUUUUUGACUUUUCUUUUCUCACAUCUUGAUAUCGAGUCUGCAAUCUGUAAUGGCAGCAAGAUUGACCAUUGACGCUAUGUGUCCGUGUUACUCUGUUUGUAUAUGUCAGGAACUGAUCUAGACACCGUUGAGGAAUUCGAAACCAUA